UGGGCCGCGGGGCGGGGCCAGGGCGGGUGCGCGGCGGCGGCGGGGUGGCUGGGCCGGCGGCGGCGGCGGUACGAGGCGCGCGCUCGGGGUCCCGGUCGCGAGGAGGAGGAGGAUGUGGCGCGCGGAGGGGAAAUGGCUGCCGAAAACAAGCCGGAAGAGCGUUUCCCAAAGUGUAUUCUGCGGAACUAGCACCUACUGUGUUCUCAACACCGUGCCACCUAUAGAAGAUGAUCAUGGGAACAGCAAUAGUAGUCAUGUAAAAAUCUUUUUACCGAAAAAGCUGCUUGAAUGUCUGCCGAAAUGUUCAAGUUUACCCAAAGAGAGGCACCGCUGGAACACUAAUGAGGAAAUUGCGGCUUAUUUAAUAACAUUUGAGAAGCACGAAGAAUGGCUAACCACAUCCCCUAAGACAAGACCGCAGAAUGGCUCCAUGAUACUCUACAACAGGAAGAAAGUGAAGUACAGGAAAGACGGGUACUGUUGGAAGAAGAGGAAAGAUGGGAAGACGACCAGAGAGGACCACAUGAAGCUCAAAGUCCAGGGAGUCGAGUGCUUGUACGGCUGCUAUGUCCAUUCCUCCAUCAUCCCCACUUUCCACCGGAGGUGCUACUGGCUCCUUCAGAACCCCGACAUCGUCCUGGUGCACUACCUGAAUGUGCCGGCCAUCGAGGACUGUGGCAAGCCCUGUGGGCCCAUUCUCUGCUCCAUCAACACUGACAAGAAGGAGUGGGCAAAGUGGACAAAGGAGGAGCUCAUCGGGCAGCUGAAGCCCAUGUUCCAUGGCAUCAAGUGGACCUGCAGCAAUGGGAACAGCAGCUCGGGCUUCUCAGUGGAGCAGCUGGUGCAGCAGAUCCUUGACAGCCACCAAACCAAGCCCCAGCCUCGGACCCACAACUGCCUCUGCACCGGCAGCCUGGGAGCGGGCAGCAGCGUGCAUCAUAAGUGUAACAGUGCCAAACACCGCAUCAUCUCACCGAAGGUGGAGCCACGGGCUGGGGGCUACGGGGGCCACUCCGAGGUGCAGCAUAAUGAUGUGUCGGAGGGCAAGCAUGAACCCAGCCAUGGCAGGAGCACAAGCCGGGAAAAGAGGAACGGCAAGGUGGCCAAGCCAGCACUGCUACACCAAAACAGCACGGAGGUUUCCUCCACCAAUCAGGUGGAGGUCCCUGACACCACCCAGAGCUCCCCGGUGUCCAUCAGCAGCGGGCUCAACAGCGACCCAGACAUGGUAGACAGCCCAGUUGUCACAGGUGUGUCCAGCAUGGCAGUGGCCUCUGUGAUGGGGGGACUGUCCCAAAGUGCCACAGUGUUCAUGUCCGAGGUCACUAAUGAGGCCGUGUACACCAUGUCCCCCACCGCCGGCCCCAACCACCACCUCCUCUCGCCUGAUGCCUCUCAGGGCCUUGUACUGGCUGUAAGUUCUGACGGCCAUAAGUUUGCCUUCCCCACCACGGGCAGCUCAGAUAGCCUGUCCAUGCUGCCCACCAAUGUGUCCGAAGAGCUGGUCCUCUCCACCACCCUUGAUGGUGGCCGGAAGAUUCCAGAAACCACCAUGAACUUUGACCCCGACUGUUUCCUCAAUAAUCCAAAGCAGGGCCAGACAUACGGGGGUGGGGGCCUAAAAGCCGAGAUGGUUAGCACCAAUAUCCGGCACUCGCCGCCUUCGGAGAGGGCCUUUGGCUUCACCAGCGUCCUCACCAAGGAGAUCAAGACGGAAGACACCUCCUUCGAGCAGCAGAUGGCCAAAGAGGCGGCGUAUUCCUCCUCGGCAGCAGCUGCAGCGGCAUCCAGUUCCCUCACCCUGACCGCGGGAUCCAGCCUCCUGCCGUCGGGCGGUGGCCUGAGUCCCAGCACCACCCUUGAGCAGAUGGACUUCAGUGCCAUAGACUCCAACAAGGACUACACGUCCAGCUUCAGCCAGACGGGCCACAGCCCCCACAUCCACCAGACCCCCUCCCCCAGCUUCUUCCUGCAGGAUGCCAGCAAACCCUUACCCCUUGAGCAGAAUGCCCACAGCAGCCUGAGCGACUCCGGGAACACCUUUGUGAUGCCCACGGUGAAAACGGAGGCCUCAUCCCAAACCAGCUCUUGCAGUGGCCAUGUGGAAACGCGGAUAGAGUCUACUUCCUCCCUGCACCUCAUGCAAUUCCAGGCCAACUUCCAGGCCAUGACCGCAGAAGGGGAGGUUACCAUGGAGACCUCCCAGGCAGCUGAAGGGGGUGAGGUCCUCCUCAAGUCUGGGGAGCUGCAGGCCUGUGGCUCAGAGCACUACCUGCAACCAGAGACCAAUGGGGUGAUCCGCAGUGCAGGUGGUGUCCCCAUUCUCCCAAGCAAUGUGGUGCAGGGACUCUACCCGGUGGCCCAGCCCAGCCUGGGCAACACCUCUAACAUGGAGCUCAGCCUGGACCACUUUGACAUCUCCUUCAGCAAUCAGUUCUCAGACCUGAUCAAUGACUUCAUCUCUGUGGAGGGGGGCAGUGGUACAAUCUACGGGCAUCAGCUGGUGUCGGGGGACAAUGCUGCACUCUCGCAGUCAGAAGAUGGGGCGCGUGCACCCUUCACCCAGGCGGAGAUGUGCAUCCCCUGCUGCAGCCCCCAACAGGGCAGCCUGCAGCUGAGCAGCGCCGAGGGCGGGGCCGGCGCCAUGGCCUACAUGCAUGUCGCCGAGGUGGUCUCCGCUGCCUCUGCCCAGGGCACCCUGGGUAUGCUGCAGCAGAGUGGACGGGUGUUCAUGGUGACUGACUACUCCCCAGAGUGGUCUUACCCAGAGGGAGGAGUGAAGGUCCUCAUCACAGGCCCAUGGCAGGAAGCCAGCAAUAAUUACAGUUGCCUGUUUGACCAGAUCUCCGUGCCCGCAUCCCUGAUUCAGCCUGGGGUGCUGCGUUGCUACUGCCCAGCCCACGACACGGGUCUUGUGACCCUACAAGUUGCCUUCAACAAUCAGAUCAUCUCCAACUCGGUGGUGUUUGAGUACAAAGCCCGGGCUCUGCCCACACUCCCUUCCUCUCAGCACGACUGGCUGUCACUGGACGAUAACCAGUUCAGGAUGUCCAUCCUGGAGCGGCUGGAGCAGAUGGAGAGGAGGAUGGCCGAGAUGACGGGCUCCCAGCAGCACAAGCAGACAAGCAGCGGAGGCGGCAAUGGAGGUGGCAGCGGAAGUGGUACCGGAGGGGGCCAGGCCCAGUGUGCUUCAGGCACCGGGACCCUAGGGAGCUGCUUUGAGAGUCGUGUGGUUGUUGUCUGUGAAAAGAUGAUGAGCCGAGCCUGCUGGGCCAAAUCCAAGCAUUUGAUCCAUUCGAAGACUUUCCGUGGAAUGACCCUCUUACACCUGGCUGCUGCCCAGGGCUACGCCACCCUGAUCCAGACCCUCAUCAAAUGGCGCACAAAGCAUGCAGACAGCAUUGAUUUGGAACUGGAAGUUGACCCCCUGAAUGUGGACCACUUCUCCUGUACUCCUCUGAUGUGGGCUUGUGCCCUAGGGCACUUGGAAGCAGCAGUGGUGCUGUACAAAUGGGACCGCCGUGCCAUCUCCAUCCCAGACUCUCUGGGAAGGCUGCCUUUGGGAAUUGCCAGGUCGAGGGGCCAUGUGAAAUUAGCAGAGUGUCUGGAGCAUCUGCAAAGAGACGAGCAGGCCCAGCUGGGGCAGACCCCCAGGAUCCACUGUGCCCCGAGCGAAGAGCCAAGCACAGACAGCUGGAUGGCCCAGUGGCACCGGGAGGCCAUGAGCUCUCCAGAAAUACCCAAAGGAGUCACCGUCAUUGCAAGCACCAAUCCAGAUCUGAGAAGACCUCGGUCUGAACCCUCUAAUUACUACAGCAGUGAGAGCCACAAAGAUUAUCCAGCUCCCAAAAAGCAUAAAUUGAACCCCGAGUCCUUCCAGGCAAGGCAGGAGAAACUGCUUUGCACUGCACUGAGUCUGGAGCAGCCAAUUAUCAGGAAGCAAAGCCCUAGUUCUAAGCAGUCCUCCCCUGAAACAAUCAGCCCCAGUGAAGGAGUGAGGGACUACAGCCGGGAAGCCUCCCCUCCCGCUCCAGAGUCGGCAGCAUUCCAAGCCUCUGCACCUCAGCCUGUAGUAAAGUGGAGUUCCAAAGAUCUUUACAUUGGUGUGUCUACAGUGCAGGUGACUGGAAAUCCGAAGGGGACCAGUGUAGUAAAGGACGCGGCGCCUUCACAGGUGCGUCCGAGGGAACCAAUGAGUGUCCUGAUGAUGGCUAACCGAGAGGUGAUGAAUACAGAGAUGGGGGCCUACCGGGAUAGUGCAGAGAGUGAGGAGUGCCCCCAGCCUAUGGACGAUAUUCAGGUGAACAUGAUGACCUUGGCCGAGCACAUUAUUGAGGCUACACCAGACCGAAUCAAGCAGGAGAACUUUGUGCCCAUGGAGUCCUCAGCCCUGGAAAGAACAGAUCCCGCCACCAUUAGCAGUACAAUGAGCUGGCUGGCCAGUUACCUAGCUGAUGCUGACCGUCUGCCCAGUGCUGCCCACAUCAGGAGUGCGUACACUGAGCCCCUAACUCCUUCUUCUAAUGCCAGCUUGAGCCCUGCAAGCUCCCCUGUCAGUGAAGUGGCUUUUGAGAAACCCAGCCUUCCCUCGGCAGCAGACUGGUCAGAAUUCCUGAGCGCAUCCACCAGCGAGAAGGUAGAGAAUGAGCUUGCUCAGCUCACGCUGUCCGACCAUGAGCAGAGAGAACUCUACGAAGCUGCCAGGCUUGUCCAGACAGCCUUCCGGAAAUACAAGGGCAGACCCUUGCGGGAACAGCAAGAAGUAGCCGCUGCCGUCAUUCAGCGCUGUUACAGAAAGUACAAACAGCUGACAUGGAUAGCCUUGAAGUAUGCACUUUACAAAAAGAUGACCCAGGCGGCCAUCCUCAUCCAGAGCAAAUUCCGAAGUUACUAUGAGCAGAAACGGUUCCAGCAGAGCCGGCGAGCUGCAGUGCUGAUCCAGAACUUCUACCGGAGUUACAAGAAGUGUGGCAGGAGACGGCCAGCCCGCAGGACAGCAGUCAUCGUGCAGCAAAAGCUUAGGAGCAGUUUGCUGACCAAAAAGCAGGACCAAGCUGCUCGAAAAAUAAUGAGGUUUCUACGUCGCUGUCGUCACAGCCCCCUGGUGGACCAUAGGCUGUACAAAAGGAGUGAAAGAAUUGAAAAAGGCCAAGGAACUUGAAGACAUACAGCAGCAUCCCUUAGCAAUGUGAUAUUGCUUCUCAGACUGUUUUCAUUUGUUUUUAGCAGAGACAUGCAACAACAACAAACAUGCGCGUGCACACACACAUACAUACACACACACACACACACACACACACAAUCCCUCUGCAGUUUUGGGGAGUCAGCUGCAGGAUUUUAACAAGAAUGUUUUGGUCAUUGCAUUUGCACUUUCAUGGACAACUUUUAAUUUGAUCAGCAAGACAUCUUGGAACUCAAUCUUCUGUUGGAUCACAGGAAAACAAGACACCAGGAGGAACUGGAAGGGCUUCCUCAUCUUAGGAAGAAGCCACUUUCCUUGUCAUUAGGGCUGUAUUCAAACAUCGUGUGGAACUGUACAAAUAUUUAUACCAAAAAUAUAGCUAAGAACAGGUGGGGCGAGGCUAGCAACACAAGGAGUGCUGUGCCUGCACCUUCGGUUACUUCCAAGAAGCUGAAUCUUUGGUUCUCAGUGGAGGGCUUAGAUCACCCGAGUCAUUACUGAGUCUGUGUGUUCUCAUUUCCUUCGCUGUUUUGUUUCGUUUUUCUUUUUCCUGUUUGUUUGUUCGUUUGUUUGAAUCUCUACAGCACACUUAAUGCAACUUUUAACAUCUGCAGGUUUUCAAUGUUUUGUGAAAAUUUGCAGAGGGGCGGGUGUGUGGUAAAUGGGUAAUGCACGGGAAAUAACGAGAAACAGCUUACAGAAUUUAAAUCCAUUUUCUUGUCCCCACCACCUCCCAAGGACCUGCGAGGAUAGUGAUCAUCUCGUCCCUUUUCUCAUGUUCAGCACUUUAAUUUGUUUGCCUUACUUUCACUUGCAGUGAGAAUUACUUAAGAAUUGGUAACGCAUGUAGCCUUUUUUAGUAACCUUGGAAACCGUAGUAAUUCCAAGGAAUCAUAAACCUUGCCUGGACAUUUGCCACCUAAACGACCAGUGUGGUGCUGCAUUUUGGCCAGUAAAUUCCAUGUUUUGGCUCUAUCUCAUCCAAACGGAGUGGCUUCUGUGUACAUAUAAAAGGUAGAAAUGAAAAAAAAGCGAGAAAAUAUUUGAAAGGGGUUAUAUUAAUUGCUAAAUAUUUUAUUCACAAAGGUCAAUAAGAUGGCAAGAUGAAAUUAUUUGUAUAGUUUUGUCUGAAUGAGCGAGAACAAUGUGGAUGUAUUGUUUGUAUAUAUUGUAUAUAUUAAAACAAAGAUGUGCAUGAAAUCAAGAAAAAGAACAAAAGCAAAGCGUUAGUGGCUAUGGUCUGUAAAAUGAAACAAAAAAAACUUUAUUUCACUAUAAGAGUACUUUAUUUUAAAUGUUCUGUAGAAGAACAUUUUGCUAAAGCAUGACUAACCUGCAAAAAAUAAAAGAGAGCUACUGUAUUUAGAAAUAGGAAAAAAGGCAGAGUAGCAUUACUUUAAAAAAAAAAGGAUAUGUUUACAUUUAAUUUUGGCUACCAGGAGUUUAUUUUAUUUUAUUUAAAAAAAUUUUUUUGCCAAAGGUGCCAAGUAAUGUGAAUGCUAAUAUUGCUUAAGAAAAUUAAGUUACUUUUGCAAAAUAGAUAAUCAUAAGAUGAAUCCUUACAGAACUUAACACCAUCCGCUCACACCAAUAAAGAACAUUAGAACAAUUAAAAUUUUGACAAAAGAAUUAGUGUGAAAUUAGAAAAAAGGCAUUUUCAUAUUUCCUGCUGAAAAUCAAAAAAUGAAUAAAAACUUGCUCACAUGAAGAAAUAAAAGUGAGAAACCAUGGAGGCUGGUGUUGAAGGGAUGCCGUGGUGUAGUACUCUUUCCAUGUAAGAGGAGCCAAAGAAACAGAUGCUUUUUAAAUUAAACUAUUAAUGUCAAACAGAGAGAACCAAUUUUGCAUUUGCUAAUGCCAGUUUAAAAUCCCAGGUUAAGUGUGAGAAUUGGUUGGUAUGAGAUUUUCUUUAAAAAACAAAAACAUGGUUCUGGCUGCCAACUGUGAGUUAAACUCAAGGCUUGCUGUGAAGCCUAAAAAUAUUCACAAAUAAGCUUUAAACUGGUGUCUUCAGAAGGAAGCUAGAAACAAAAAGAUUGUGGUUAAAAACAACACUGGGGUCAGUGCUCUUGGUGCCUUUUCUAUAAUCGUAGUUGUUUUUUAAUUACUCCCUUCACUGCCAACCUCAGAUUACUGUACAGUGUACGUCUCUCUGCUCGUGAUCACCGCGGACAACAGUGACAGCCCCACAACUAGCAGCCACCUGUACAUUUGUAAGCUGACCUGACCCGAUUUUGUUUUUACAUGUGUGGGUUAUGUUGCCGCUGUUGGAAUCCUUGCCCCUACCCCCCAUACCUAUUAUUUGACACAGUUUGACCUGUCUGAGGACAAUUUAUAAAAACAUAAUUGUAUUCAUAACAGGGAAUAGAAUGUGAAGCCAGCUCUUUCAGAAUAUCCUAUAUUAAUACUGGAUUUGGAUACAUUUACUCCAUUGCUUAUGGUUCAGAUAACUGAUCCUGUGACCAGAGUAAUGACCUCAGUGGAUUUGCUUCAACCCUCACAUUUAUUUUUUUAAAUGUUUCACAUGCCACAUUAUAGCUCAAUAAGUUAGAAAAUUCUGGAAGAUAGAGACUUACGUAGAAUUAGGAAGUUCUUAUGGAGGGGACAGAAGUAGGGUCAAAACCUACCAGUACAACUGUGAAUUCUAGGUGAGGUCGAAGCGUACUUCCACUGAAACAAAGCAUUUCUGACCACCUUUUUUGAUUGUGACACUUAAUUUUGAAUAUAAGGUGAUAGGUAGGCGCAGCUUUCUUGGAUAAUCUGAAUUCCCAAGUGCCAGGAGUAGGAUUUCAUUAUAAAAUUAAUAGCUAACCUUAUUCUGUCUCCUGAAGAUUUAAUUGCUAUCCUUGUUACCCAUUCAAAAUCAGCUGUACUGUGUGAAUGAAAUAAAGACAUUACGACGAACCCCUUUCUGGCUGCACGGUCGCUUAUGGCAGUUCCACACAGUAGUUGGCGCCCAAUGGGGGGUCCCUGAGACUUGCAUGUAAAAUUAGUCUAGAUGUCUUCUUUUUUGUAAGUUUUAUUUUUGUAAUUGUGCAUGUAAAGCAUCAUUGAGUCAAUGGAUCUGUUGAAGAACUCAGCUGCUGGAAACCAUGCAAAAUGUUUUGAAUUGCCCUUAAAAUAUGGAAAAUGUUUUCUGAAUGCUUUAUAUUCUUUCUGCUGUAAAUUAAAAAAUGAAGAAAAUUU